CAAUAUGCUGCGCCCCGAUUGAGCCUCACCCUUCUAAGCCCCGUGGCUGAUUAGCUCGAGGGCACCCAACGCGCUGGGACUCCUGGACCUAGAAAAUCUCAUCAAGUCUCGCAGUCCGAUCCGAAUCAAAUACACUGGGAGCUCACUUGACAAUGGAUCCGUUACCGGGCCAUAGUGAGACGCAUCUGGCAAAACGAGUUUGGGAACAGCUCAAUACUCCCCCUGCCACUGUGCACUCAGAUCUCAAUCCCAAGCGACGGUGUACAGAGAACCCAUGGAUGACCCCUGGGAUUUCUCCGUCAAGUAAUCAGCUUUGGAAUGAUAAUUGGCCCUUGACUGCAGACGAUGGCGGAGAUACGCAUGAAAGCCUGCAGCCCAUUGGAGAAGUUGAGUCUAUGUUUUCUACUGGGUUCCUCGCGAGUGCAUUGCGAGACACGCCUUCACUGAACCCCGUCGAACAGUCCACCACACUCUGGCAUCCAUUGCCAGGCACCGGGGACAAUGAACACGACUUGUUCACGCCCAAUUCGGAGUACAAUGACUCAUGUCUACAAGUCGAGCAGACUGCCACUCCAACAGUCUCUAUAGAAGAGGAUUCACAACUAUCUCAGACCAAUUCCAACCGUUCCUACAUGUUUGCUUUGGGAUGGUGAUACUCCAAGCAUCUUGUCACAGUCUACCGAAGGGAUCUGACGACUCUAUCCCUGUGGACGUGCAUGUUGGAGGGGAUCUCUUGAAGCUUUCCGGUGGUUCUCCAAAACACAAUGUCGGUCUUUUGCAUUCGGAAGCCCUGGGAAAGCUUGCUCGUGAUUGUAAAGUCACAUUGUCUGCCAGAUGCGAGAGGCCAAAAGAGGAGAAAGGGUUGAGGGUGACACUUGGCUAUAAAGAUACGGCAGUCAAGAUCGUGAUUUAUGGUCUCUUGAGUGAGAUUGACCUGGUGAACGGCAUUCUUUCCGAUGGCGAUCUAUUUCUCCAGCAUCCAACGCAAGGCGAUGCAUCUGUCCCGUAUCAAAACCCUCAGUUCUUGGUGGCCCCAGGAGGAGAAAUGCCUUUGAUUGAAGAAGUAAACGCUGGAAACGUGUCACAACAAGCAGAGCUAGAUCAAGUUUUGGAUGAACCAUGGCCUAGUGAAGUCUUCCAGGCCUUUGAUAAUGUUGAUGGCCCUGUCACCUUCGCGGCGGUUGAGCAAAGUCCGCGUUUACAGACGAAGCUUAAAGAGUAUCAAAUCAAAGCACUUUCAAUGAUGACCGAAAGAGAGCGUGGCGUUUUUGAAGGGGCACAUUUUCCUCUUCUCUGGGAGGUUUCACGAGCUCCUGCCGGUAAUGUUGAGUACCGUCACAUUAUUACUCGGAUGACAUCAGACGUUCCACCCCAGCCUCUUCUUGGAGGCAUAUUGGCUGAUGCGAUGGGCCUUGGCAAAACACUGAGUGUACUCGCCCUCAUCGCUUGGUACCUUGACAGCCCAUCUCGAGGCAGCUUUUCGCCUCGCACAACUCUUGUUAUUACCACUACUUCAACUAUUCCCGGAUGGGAGCAACAAAUCUCGAAGCAUUUUCGGCCGGGACAGAUCAGAACGGCUGUUUUCCAUGGACCAACCAGGCAUAAAUUGGCGUCAAACUUAACGAGUAACGACAUCGUUUUGACGACAUAUGAAACUUUGCGCAGUGAAUGGUCAGCAUCUCGAUUAAACAGCAUUUUGUAUCAAAACCACGGCGGCUGGGCACGUAUAGUUCUUGACGAAGCCCAUCACAUUCGGAAUCGGUCCUCACAGAUCUUCCAAGCGACAUGUGACCCUCGGGCGAGAAAUCGUUGGUGUCUUACUGGAACUCCAAUUCACAACACAGUGGACGACUACGCAGCUUUGCUAGCAUUCAUCAAAGUGUUUCCAUUUACCGGCUCCAGUGGAAAAUUGGCGUUUGCGCAUUGGAUCGAUUACCCACUACGCUCCCAUGAUAAGCAUGAAAUUGGAAUUCGCCGUCUAAGAAAACUCAUCGCUGCAACUUGUUUAAGACGUACUAAGGACCAUGUGCAAGAUCAGCUGCAGUUACCAUCACGCAUUGAAAAGGUGCAUCACAUUGAUUUGUCACAUGAGGAGCGCAAAGUGUAUGACUUCUUCAAGUUUCGAGCGUCUUUUCUCGUGGGAAAGUUAGGCCAGAAAUCGCAGAUGGAUAAAACAUCCUGGAAAACUAUGUUGUCUAUCAUUGGAUUUCUGAGGUCAAUUUGCAACCACGGAAGACAGCUUUUACCACAAACUGCGCUAGAAAUGUACGACAAGCAAAAUACCCUCACGGUCGACCCAGUUUCAAAACCUACGACGCCGUCCGAAGUAUCGCUAUCCCCUCCCGGAAUAUCGAUUGAUCUUUUCACAAGCUCUCCAGAAUCGCCCACAGGCUGUUAUAAAUGGGGAUGGGUUGGUUAUCAGCCUUCAUCAAAAAUCAACGCAUUGAUAGGGAACAUUAAGAGCGAGCAACUAGGGAACAAGUCAACGUCUGAUGAAUUUCCCAUAAAGAGCGUCAUAUUCAGUGUCUGGACCAAAAUGCUUGAUCUCAUUGAGAUUGCCUUGAGAGAAAAUGAUAUCUCUUUCCAACGAAUUGAUGGCAAAGCAUCAGUUGGACAUCGAUCUCUUGCCCUAAAGAGGUUCAAUGAAGAUUUGACUUGUACAGUCAUGCUUGCUAGCAUCGGAGCGGUUGCAGAAGGUGUCGACCUCACCAUCGCAAGCAGUGUUCAUCUCGUUGAACCCCAGUGGAAUCCUAUGGUAGAAGCCCAAGCCGUCGACCGAGUACAUCGCAUUGGCCAAUACCGAAAUGUGACAAUCACUCGCUAUUUCGUUACAGAGUCUAUUGAAAAUUACGUCAAAGAUAUUCAAGAAAGUAAGCUGAGAUUGGUCCAACAAUCAUUCGGUGAUGCCAAUUCAGAUCAGGAGAAGCUUAAAGAGGCAAGUCUACAGAAAUUGUCUCUACUGCUAGCAUGAAUUCAUUUAAUGAAUGUUACAACAGGCGUGAGCUGGAAGAAAGUUAAAUAGUCGCUUUGUGAAACCGAUAGUGGUUGCGAGACAUUAAGCAAUGCAAGGA